GGGCAGAAUUAUGUGAGGUGUUGUUAGUGAUGAGCCUUGGUCCAUUUAGCUUGGAAUAUGCCACCCUCGUCAAUCUGUCACCUAAUCCUGCCUAAUGGGCAGGUCAGCCCUGGAGGAAAGUAUUGGCUGUAAGAAGUAAGAGAACAUAACAUCUGGUUGUUUUUAAAUGACUUCUUAUGACAUUGCUUUAUUUUUGUUCCGAUCUAUGUUGCUCACUCCAGUCAGCAGAUGGCGAUGUGAGUUUUUCAGGUGAUGCUUCUUGACGUAUAAUCUAGUGGACGGAACAGGAGGCUUCUUCAACAGAGACAAAAGGCUUCCGUUUCAACCAAUGCUGUGGUUUGCUAGCGAACAUAGAUCCGGAGCAUUUAAGCUCGUCAGACUAAUCUUGUGUAUAUUAAUCUUAGUGUUUAGAACACAAUUCUGUUUACGCAUCUACUUGUUAAUUUAAACGUAGUUUGCUUCUUAAAUUAGCGAAUGUGUUAACUUGAUACUGCACAAGGCUAAUCGCCCGGAGCACGAGGUCACGAAACUAGACGGAGAAAGAUCUGGUGAAAGGAGAGGAAGAAGCUUUCAGAAUGGAAGAGGAGGCUAUCACAUUGAAACAAGAGGAUGAUAUUACAGGGAAAGAGGAAGAUGGGAAAGAGGUUGUCAGAGUGGAAAAUGAGGAGGUAGAAGCUUUCAGAAUAAAAAAGGAUGAAGAUCCCGUAACAUUGAAGAAAGAGAAUAUAGUGAAAGAAGAGGAAGAACGUUUCAGAAUCAAAAAUGAGGAAGAUGCCGUAACAUUGAAGGAGGAGAAUGUAGCGAAAGAAGAGGAAGAACCUUUUGGAGUAAAAGAAGAAGAGGAGGAUAUCUCAAUAAAAGAGGAGGAAGAUGUUUUAGGAGUGAAAAAGGAGGAGGAGUCAGAAUAUCCGAUUACCAUCCGAGAGAGACAUGACGAUCCUGGAUCCUCUGGGGAGCCUCAACAACAUCCUGAUGCUGACGAGGCAGAGAAGAGUCUCUCCAGAUCAGAACACCAGAUGGACAACGCUAGCCCUUCCUCCCUCCCGGAGUCCCCGUGUUGUGCCUCUCCCGGUAGCACCUUACUGCUGGGUAUGAAGAGGUUGUCUGUGCUGCUGGUGGACUGCAGGAAAACAACGGGGCUGAGUGGAACUGUGAGAGGAGGAGAAGAGAAGAAAGGAUCAGAUUUGACACAUCAAAGAGAAAGACCAGACUCAGAGGAACCAGAGCCAGGGACGUCCAAACCAGCAAGACGACACCAGUGCUCCCAGUGUGAAAAGAGUUUUAAACAGAAAGCACAUCUGAAAACACAUAAGAUAAUACACACAGGAGAGAAGCCUUACCACUGCUCCCAAUGUGGAAAGUGUUUCGGCAGUUUGGGGGAGCUAAAACAACAUGAGAGAAUACACACGGGAGAGAAGCCUUACCACUGCUCCCAGUGUGGAAAGUGUUUUGCCCGUUCGGGGGAUCUGAAACUACACGAGAGAAUACACACAGGAGAGAAGCCUUACCACUGCUCCCACUGUGGAAAGUGUUUCAACCAUUCGGGGGAUCUGAAACGACAUGAGAGAAUACACACAGGAGAGAAGCCUUACCACUGCUCCCAAUGUGGAAAGUGUUUUGCUGAAAGAACAUGA